AUUUGUUUGCAUGUAAGUAAUUUGGUUUGACGCGAAAACAGUAAAUAUACAAACGCUAUCGAGUUUGAUUUCUCUAAUGAAAGUAAACAAAUGAUUUUGAGUGCUUUCAAAUUCGAUUUGAAAGAAUUUCACUACUGCUUUUGGAAGCCCUAUUUAGUAUUACUUGUACUUAAAUUGGAAGCUUACUUCCUGAAACUCUCAAUUUUGUAUUUGUUUGAACAUGUAACCAAACAUUGAUGGUUAUACAUAGGCCAAAGAAAGGCGUAAAAAGGGUUGAGGAGGGAAGAUUGGGAUAAAAGGAAUAGAGGAAAGAAAAGAAAACUAUCCAUUUGGCUUCAAGAAUAGUUCAAUUCGUCUAGCCAAUAUACCUCCCCCCUCGAAAGAAGGUGCUCAGGGUUCUGUUAGCAUACGAAGCACCUUUUACUAUUUUUCAUAAUAGCAUCGGUGUCUACAUGUCAAGAAUCCUUCCUAUACCGAGUACGCUGUAAACAAUGUCUAUUACGCUAUCGUCUUUGGAGACAAGAGUUCAAUUGUGGCUUUAGUAAUGGGAGCUAAGCUAAAGUUUAUUUAUUUACUUACUUGGUUUGUUUACAUAUCUUUAAUCUUAAUGGGUUUUUCAUACUGCGUUUGCAUAGGGCAAUGCGGUGUCUGUUUGUUUUGAAGUUAUUUGUUUACAUGGGCAAUUCCAAAUGCAUAUAAGAGACAGCUGUCCAGAAAAUACCUUUAACAAGUAUAUAUAUUUAUAAAGGUAUCAUAGUUAUACCAUCUUCUGUAUUGUUUAUCGAUCCGUAUAUCUAAAAAAGAAACUGAAGUAUGCAUAUUCGUUUGCUCCUCGCCUUUGUCGUUAGCUCUGUUUCAUUACACGGAAUAUCAAUUGCUGAAAGACGAACUGAAAACAUGGAUGUGGAUCAUUGGGCUGAACUCCAAAAAGGAAUUGCGAUGAGUCAUUUACUUGACAAUGUUGGAGACAGUGGUAGAUAUGCUAAAAAUGUAAAUGCUGGUUGUAUUAUUGCUUCUCCAUCGAAUAACGUUCCAAACUAUUAUUUCCAAUGGGUUCGGGAUAGUGCUCUUACCAUGAUGACCGUUAUCGAUCGUUUCCUCGAGGGCGACCAUGGCCUUGAAUCGAUCAUCGUAAAGUACAUGGAUGAGAUGGUCCGAUUACAGAAGGUCAACAACCCUAGCGGUGACUUUUACAGUGGAGGUUUAGGAGAGCCCAAGUUUCAUACCGAUGGCUCAAGCUUCGACGAAGACUGGGGACGUCCUCAAAAUGACUCUCCUGCCUUGAGAGCUAUGGCCUUUAUAAGGUACCUAAACUAUCGCUUUGAUCAUGGUACUGAAGCACAUGAAGUCGUUCCUUAUAUUGAAGCACUCUUGGCAGAUUUGGAUUAUACUGUGGGUAUUUGGGCGCAACCUGGUUUUGACCUUUGGGAAGAAAUCAAAGACGUUCACUAUUUCACAUUGACCGUCCAAAAAACAGCUUUGCAAGAGGGAGCAGCCUUUGCGAAACGUGUUGGAGCUUGGGAUCAAUCCACUCUUUAUGCUGAAACAAUCCAUCCUAUCGAUCUUAAGCUUGGUGAGUUUUGGGACCACGAAAAGGGAAUCAUCAGAGGGUAUAAAAAUAUUCCUAACCGUUCCGGACUUGAUUGCUCUGUUUUGCUGGCUUCUCUUUACUCUAAAGAGUUCGACACACAUACGCUCCCAACGUUGAGGAAGCUCCAAGAGUCGAUGACACAGGCUUAUCCAAUUAAUCAAGGACACAAGCAGCUCAUCGGCCGCUACCUAGAGGAUGUAUAUGACGGCGUUAGUUCCUCCAUUGGCAAUCCUUGGUUUCUCUGUACUCACAGUGCAGCAGAAGUAGUCUAUAAGGCUAUUCAGUACUACGACUCAUAUGGGCUUCCAGAACUCACUAGCCACAACGUACAAUUUUUUGUUUACUUUGCUGAAUUCGGUGAUCCUUACAACUGGCCUCUCAUUCGCAAAAACUUGAUAAAGUACGCCGAUAAAUUUUUACAAGACGCUGCAGAGUUCCAACAUCCCAAUGGUUCCAUGUCUGAGCAAAUCUCUCGUUUUGACGGCCAACAAGUGGGCGCCCUGGAUCUAACUUGGAGCUAUAGCUCUUUACUGAACGCCAUCUACAGAAGGGAGGCUAUCAAACAUACAGUUUAAUUCUAAUAUAACUCUUUAGCUACGCAUAAUUCAAUCACGACAAGAUAGCAUAAAGACAACUAAUGAACGCAUGACCCCUUCCUCUAAGUGGUUGGCUUUCAUAUUUAAAUAAUCAGUUACAUUUUAUGAUUCAUUAAAUAACAAACAUACAAGUUCUAAGCCGCUUAUCA